CGUUGCCCCACGACCAAUGCACUUCCGUCCUUGUCGUAGCAAGCUUCUUUUUAAUUUCGCACAGCAAUUUGACUUUUUUUAUCUUUUUGUGCUAAACAGGAUAUCCUCCCAUUGGCGCUGGAUUCUCAUGGUUAUUGUAAUAAUCCUCGGACUCGGUCUGCUCGCCGUUCUGCUAUCAUACUUUCACAGACGCUACAAGCGGCGACAACAAAAAGCUCGUGCUCCUCAACAAGUAUCGCUAUGGUAUCCACCGAUAGGCGGGGUUGUUAAUGGUCGUGUACUUGUUGGAGACAUGUUCUAUAUUGGCACCGCAACUCGCACAUACCCAGAAGAUGAGCGCAAAAAACAAAAGAAGGAGAAGAAAAACAAGAAGACGAAGAACCAGGUCCUUGUUGCUGAGAACGAAGUCGGCGUUAGUGGGCCCAGUAGUGCUGCUUCUGCUGGCCCCGCUGGGUGGGAUGGCGCCGACAGUGAGAAGAAGCUCAUGGAUGAAAUCCCAAUCAAGGACGAGAAUAUGAUCUAGAUGGAAUCCUUGCCCGUCUGCGUUUUAACUUGUCUUGCUUGUCGUUAUUGUCCGGUGGGCUACCGGUCACGACUCCCACCUGUCCUAUGUUUCUUUUGCGUUUUUACCUAUCCUUCUUUGGUGAGGCUCACUUCCUAGAGG